AUGCAGAGACUUCAAACUUCUCCCGAAGAUGCCCGAUGUUGUUGCUCGUGCUCCUUACAAGAUUAUGCUUAUGGAUUAGGUUGGGACCCUAGUAGAGAUGAGUACAAGGUUGUUUUCUUCGACUAUGAUGGUCUAGGUGGCUUGACAGAUCAAUUGAAUAGUGAUUCUCUAGUUGUCGCGGUAUAUUCAUUGAAGAGCGAUUCUUGGAAACUUCUCGACUCUCCUCCGCCUAAAUUGAGAAGCAGAUGCAUUAAAAAUAGUAAGGAUUGGAAUAUACACAUAAAUGGGUUUUGUUACUGGCUAACAUCAUAUGGCCACCAUCCUUCACUAGUGUCUUUUGAUGUGGCUCGAGAGAGAUUUGGGAUGGUGACAUUACCCCCUAAAGUGAUGAAUGGAAAUCACACAGUCCUUUCCACUUACUACAAUUCACCAGCAUUGUUGUAUUGGAGGAGAUAUGAGGUGAUGGAGAUUUGGGUUUUGUAA